AUGGAAGCUACUGCAUCAACAAGCCAUCAAUCUUCAGAAACUGCAUUGGCACUUAGGGAAAGACAAGGCAAAGGGGAAAGACAAAACAACAGGGAAAGACAAGACAACGGGAAAAGAGAAAACAGUGGGAAAAAACAAGGCAAAGGGGAAAGACAAAACAACAGGGAAAGACAAGACAACGGGGAAAGAGAAAACAGCGGGAAAAGACAAGGCAAAGGGGAAAAGAAUAAUGAAAGAAGAAGAAAACGAAAAAAAGAACAAAAAAGUGAAGAAAAAAUUAAAAUCACAUACCCGAUCCUGAAAUUAAGUGCAAUGACAAAAGUACAAAAAGCGAAAGACAAAAGCACAAAAAGCGAAAAACAAAGAAAAGAAAAGCGCAACGACAAAAGCACAAAAAGUGAAAAACAAAGAAAAGAAAAGCGCAACAACAAAAGCACAAAAGCGAAAAACAAAGAAAGAAAAAAUUUAGAAAGUGAUAUAUACUUAUUAGUAAAUAAACACUCUUUUUGA